GUACACCUAGACAUCCACAGAUGAGCUCGGACUUACUACUGGAUGGUACAGUUGUGUACAGGAAUUUAGUAUUGGGUGUACAUCUUCCAGUAAGGACCGGCAGAGGAACCAAUGGAAUGUCUGGGUGUUCUGCUUUUCCUCCAGGGGGUCCUGCUCUCCCCCUCUCCAUCUCCACACACAUGUCCCCUGGCCUGUUCGUGCUUGCAUGGUUCCCACGUGAACUGCUCCUCUGCAGGCCUGUCCUCCACCCCCCUGGACCUCCAGAAGAACACCGCUAUCCUGGAUCUUUCCCACAAUGUCCUCACCACUGUGCCCCACCUUGGGCAUGAACAUGGACCAUUGUACCAGCUAACCCACCUCCUGCUGGGGCAUAACCAGCUUGUUGGCCUGUCGUUGUGCCUGCCGCCAAUCUUGGACGUUACCCAGGACCACUUGCUGCACCCUCUGCCAUGUGAGUCCUGGGCGCCCAAUUUAUGGCUACUUUCCCUUGAGGGGAACCAACUCCAAGCCAUCCCAGAAGGUCUGGUGGGAAGCACGUUUCUAGAGGUGCUCAACUUGUCCUACAACAAGAUCAACACCAUCCAACAUGGCAGCCUAAAUGGCUGCACUCAGUUGAGGGAACUGUACCUGCAGCACAAUAACAUCUCCAGCCUUCAUCCUCUUGCAUUCCAGCACAUGGUGAAGCUACAGGUGCUGGACCUAAGUUUUAAUGCCCUGGGCACUAUUGCUACAACAGCAUAUCUGUCGUUCCGAACCCUAAAUGCUUGGCUGGAUGUGCAAGGAAACCUCUGGAGAUGUGACUGUGAUUUACGAAUCUUGAAGAGGUGGAUGAGCUUUGACCAUGGCUGGUCACAACUGUCCUGGAAGGUGGUGUGUGAGGCACCAUCAGAACUGGCUGGGAGGGACCUAAUGCAUGUGGAUGAAGCAGAGCUCACCUGCGUCACUGUGACCUCCAAUGCUAAGUGCUAUCAGGAUGUGACUGUGGACUUUGGAGCUGAUUUUCUCCUGCCAUGCAGCAUAGAAAAAUGGGAUACAGUCCUGAUAUACUGGUGGACACCACAUGGGGUAGUAGAAAGCACCGACAGUCAGGGAGGCCUGCUGCUGCAUAACAUUGGCAUGCAUGAUGAGGGUCUAUACGCAUGCACCUCCGUGGAAAACCAAAGGCUGGCCUCUGUGUUUGAUAUCCAAGUCCGCAAUGGCAGUUUGGGUGUGCAGAGAAUAACCCGAGAUGUCCAGUCCCCAAAACGAGCAGCGGAGAAGUCACAUUCAGAAUUUGUCCAGGCAGUCUGUCUUUCCGUAUUCAUCACCUUUAUAGGUGCCUUUAUCCUCGGAGCCCUGGCCAGACCACUCCUCAAUGUUCUUUGGAGGAGGAUGUGUGCCAGAAAAACCCUUACAGAGUCCCCAAAUCCAUGUGAGAAUAUGGGUUAUUCUGUUGAAGAUGAAGAAGAUGACCAAGAGAGAAGGAUAUCUGGCAAUCAUCGGGCUAGUGAGCCAUACUACAUCACAGUCCUCCCCAACCCUGAUGGUGCCUCACCUAAACCUGAGUGCUCAGCAGAGGGCACUGUUACACCAAAAAAUGAGGAGGUCAGUAUCGAUGCAGGAUCAACCUAUGGGAACGUCUCAGUGGUGAGAAAAGGCAAUCCUCCAGAGCUAAACCAAGAACCUUGGAAGGAAGGUGAUGACAAGUCAGACAACUCGAUGACAGAGAUAAUGCUCACUGACGAUGCCUACAGUUUAGAUGCUGAGGUCAACCUAAAUCCAGUUAACAUAACUGAACCAGAUGAGAUUCAUGGAGUAGACCAGGAUAACCACCUCAAUAACAAUUAUUUUAAGGGAGAGUUAGAGGUGGACUGGUCUAAGAAUAUUUAUGAACAAGAGGAAGACCAGAUUAAAGACAAUGAUCUAGGUAAAUCCAACACAACCUGGAAUCCUUGUCCGGGCCAGAGUCCUAGACCGUCACAUGAAUCUUUCACAGCUUGUACUGUAUCCGAAACACCUAAUCUACUGGAUCCAAACUUGGAUCCAGAUUUCUGGAAUGACAGUGGAGAAAGCUUUGAGUUCAGUGAUUCUGGGAAAGAUCUAUCGCAAUUUAAUUUAGCCAUACAGGCAAAGACAGAUCCUGGGACUAUGCUUAGAGAUCUGACUCUGGAUCAUCCACAGGAAAGUCAAGGUCUACGUGGACCACAAGAUGAAAACUCUAAUCAUGUGCUCUCUUACAAAGAUUCUGUCAACAAAUACACAUAUCAAGCGACUGAUCCUGUAGUUAAGCUUGAACAAAUGUCUCUAUCAUCUGAAUCUUUGCAGAUCCAAAAUCAGCAUGACAAUGGUGAUGAACCAACAGAUCACACACUGUGCCAGGAGCAUACAGAUGAAGUGAAAGGACAAAUGAACAGUGAUGAGCUCAGUGAUGAACCAGCGGAUCACACACAGAGCUAUGAGCUUAGAGAUGAGCCUACAGGAUAUACACAGAGAUGUGAGCUUAUGGACAAACCUAGAGGACACACACAGAGCUUUGAGCAUAAUGAUGAAACUACAGGACACACUCUCACCUAUGAGCUUAAGGACGAACCUACAGAAUAUGCACAGAGCUAUGAGCUUAAUGAUGAACCUACAGAACACACACUGACCUGUGUGAUUAAUGAUGAACCUACAGGACACACACUGCCCUAUGAGUUUAAGGACGAACCUACAGAGCACACACAGAGCUAUGAGCUUAAUGAUGAACCUACAGAGCACACACAGAGCUAUGAGAUUAAUAAUGAACAUACAGGAUAUACACAGCGCUAUGAGCUUGAUGAUGAACCUACAGGAUAUACACAGCGCUAUGAGCUUGAUGAUGAACCUACAGGAUAUACACAGCNUACAGGAUAUACACAGCGCUAUGAGCUUGAUGAUGAACCUACAGGAUAUACACAGCGCUAUGAGCUUGAUGAUGAACCUACAGGAUAUACACAGCGCUAUGAGCUUGAUGAUGAACCUACAGGAUAUGCACAGAGCUAUGAGCUUUAUGAUGAACCUAUAGGAUAUGCACAGAGCUAUGAGCUUAAUGAUAAACAUAUAGAACACACCCCUACUGAUGAGCUUACAGAUGAAUUAAUGGGUCACAGCCCUGAUCUCAAGAUUCUAGAGACUGGAGACAGAAACCUUGGGAAACUAGUCAACUACAAAUAA